AUGAAGGCUUUGAUUCUCGUCGGCGGCUAUGGGACAAGAUUGAGGCCACUCACCAUCACGCAGCCAAAGCCUCUUGUACAAUUUGCCAACAAGCCGAUGAUGUUGCAUCAGAUGGUAGCCCUUGCCAAGGUUGGAGUCACAACGCUGGUGUUAGCUGUCAGUUAUCGAGCCGAUGACUUGGAGAGAGAAAUUAGCGGAUAUGCGGAAAAUCUCGGAAUGAAGAUUCACUUUUCUUUGGAAGAAGAGCCUUUGGGCACAGCCGGCCCUCUCGCACUUGCUCGGAAGAACAAGUUUCUGGAUGGAGAUGAGCCAUUUUUCGUGUUGAACUCGGACGUGAUCUGCGAUUUUCCUUUCCGACAGAUGAUUGAAUUCCAUCACAAACACGGAGGCGAAGGAACGAUUGCCGUUACGGAAGUUAGCGAGCCUUCAAAGUAUGGAGUUGUUGUGUUCGAUGAUGAAACUGGCAGCAUAAGAGCUUUUGUCGAGAAGCCUCAAGAAUAUGUUUCAAACAAAAUUAACGCUGGACUCUAUUUCUUCAACCCAGCGAUCCUCAAUCGUAUCCCAUUGAAGCCGACAAGUAUCGAGAAAGAGGUUUUCCCAAACAUGGCCAGUGAGAAAAAGCUUUUCGCUUAUGUUCUUCCAGGAUUUUGGAUGGACGUGGGACAACCCAAGGACUUCUUGAUUGGGACAACGUUGUUCCUGAAGCACAAGCGUGAAACUGCAUCCGACGAGCUUGCAUCUGGAGAAUAUAUUCAGGGAGACGUUUUGAUAGAUGAAACGGCGACAAUUGGCGCAAAUUGUAAAAUCGGGCCAAACGUUGUUAUCGGCUCGAAUGUGAAAGUUGAAGAUGGUGUUUGUUUGAGGGAGUGCACAAUUCUGACCGGCUCCGUUGUGAAAACGCAUUCGUGGAUAAACAAAAGCAUUAUUGGACGAAAGUGCUCAAUUGGUAGAUGGGUGCGAAUCGAAAACAAUAGUGUCCUUGGAGAAGAUGUUGUUGUGAACGAUGAACUUUACCUCAACGGAGCACAAGUUCUUCCACAUAAAGCCAUCUCGGUUAACGUUUCACAGCCUGACAUUAUUAUG